AUGACUUCCAAUUCCUCAAUUCCUUACCUCCGACAAUGUGGUAAUACCAAACAACUUAUUCUUCAUGGCAAACCGUAUCUGAUGCUAGGCGGGGAGCUGCAAAAUUCCUCGCUUUCGUCUGCCGAAUAUAUGAGCGAGAUUUGGCCUAAGAUGGUUGCAACGAAUGUCAAUACUCUUCUUGGCUCCGUCAGUUGGGAGAUGAUUGAGCCUGAGGAAGGCAAGUUCGACUUUAAAGAGCUGGACAAAGUCACAUUAGAUGCACGAAAACACGGCUUACAUCUAAUCUUAUUAUGGUUCGGGUCAUUUAAGAAUGGCAGAUCGACUUACACGCCAUCAUGGGUGAAGACGGAUCCGAAACGCUUCCCACGCGCUGAACUUCGAAAGGCCGGAGGAGUGAUUGAGAUUGCAGAUGUCUUGUCUCUGUUCCACAAGCAGAAUGUUGAAGCGGAUGCGAAAGCAUUUCAAAAGCUGCUUGCUCAUGUCAAAGAGAUAGAUGAAGAUCACAGUACCGUGUUGAUGGUGCAAGUCGAGAACGAAGUCGGUCUUCUGUUCGACAGCCGGGACGGAAGUGAGGAGGCUAACAAAGUCUUCUCUGAAACAGUACCUGCAGAACUUCUUCAAUUCUUGAGCAACGACUAUGAUCGACUACACGCCGAUCUCAAAGCCAACCUCCAGACUUUCGUCGCGCGCUCGAAGCCGCAGUCUGGUACAUGGGAGGAAGUGUUUGGCGUUGGUAGCAGGACUGACGAGCUCUUCAUGGCGUACCAUUACGCACACUAUGUCAAUCGUGUAGCAGCGGCUGGUAAAUCCGUAUACACAAUCCCGUUGUACACCAACGUAUGGCAGAACUAUGCUGGGGAGGAUGCUGACAACGACACUCCUAUUGUCGUGGGUGGAGGUGGAGAGCCUGGUGAUUAUCCUUCCGGAGGCGCAACAAGCAACGUUCUUGAUAUAUGGCUACGGUUUGCGCCAGACCUCGAGUUCAUUGCGCCGGACAUUUAUCUUAAUGAGUACACUGGCUUAUGCGCGAAGUACCGACAUGGCGGUAACACGCUUUUUAUCCCUGAGCAGCGAAGAGAUGAAUAUGGCGUUCGUCGGAUUUGGAUAGCCUACGGAACCUUUCAAGCUCUGUUGGCUAGCCCCUUCGGCAUCGACACUUUAGAGCCUGAGAAAAAUCCUUAUACGAAACACUAUGAACUCUUAUCACAGGUCUCUCAGAUUGUCCUUGAAGCGCAAAGUAAUCCAGGCUCGUCGGUUGGCUUCUGUUUUGAUGAAAUGAUCGGCGAUAGAGAUCCAUCCAAACCCAUCAAGCAACGUUUCGGCGACUGGGAUAUCACUGUAGAGCGCUCCUUUGUCUUUGGCAAGCCUGGAACUGGCAGCGGUAUGGUCAUCCAUCGUGGCGGAGCGAGCUUUUUACUUAUCGGCUGGGGUUUUCAGGUGAUGGGUCGAUCGACAAAGGCCGACACAAAGUUCAACGGUAUCCUAAGGAAUGAAGAGAAGACCGUAGAUGACGUAGCGACAGGUUCAUUACGAACACUAAGAACGUUGGGUGGUGAUGAGACGAGAAGUGGAGCGAACGCGAUGAUGCCAAAUGAAGACCCCGACUAUGGAGGGUUUCCUAUUGCCAUAACAAUUCCGGCAAGAACUGGUAUCGCUGAGGUUGAAUUCUACUCCUUCUAG